AUGUCUAAAGUCAUGAAGGCAGUCGACAUCAAAGGCGGCAAAGGCCCCAUCUCGGCCCUCUACAUCAACAAUGAGACCCCCAAACCCACGCCCACAUCCACCCAAGCCCUCGUCCGCAUCAAGGCCUUCGGCCUCAACAGGAUGGACCUCCUCCAGCGCGAAGGCCACUACCCCUUACCCCCCCAAGCGGGCCCGAUCAUGGGCGUCGAGUUCGCAGGCAUCAUCGAGCAGCUCGGAGGCAGCUCUGAAGCCGACACCCGCGGCUUCCAGGUGGGCGACGAGGUCCUGGGCCUGGCCUACGGCGGCGCCUACGCCGAGUACAUCGCCAUCAGCACGCGCAUGCUGCUGCGCAAACCCUCGGGCCUCAGCUGGACCGCCGCAGCCGGCAUCCCCGAGGUGUGGAUGACGGCCACGCAGGCCGUGCACCUCGUGGCCGGGUUCGAGGACCUCAAGGGCAAAGACGUCCUGUGGCACGCGGGCGCGAGCGGCGUGAGCAUCGCGGGGAUCCAGCUCAGCCUGCGGGCCGGGGCGGCGCGGGUGUUUGCCACGGCGGGCAGCGAUGAGAAGUGCACGUUCCUCGAGAGUGAGCUGGGCGCCACCAAGGCGUUCAACUACCGCAGCCAGGACUGGGCGAAGGGGGUGCUGGAGGCCACAGGGGGUAAAGGUGUGGAUCUGAUUGUGGAUUUCAUAGCGGGGGAUUAUGUGCAGAAGAACCUGGACUGUGCGGCGCGGGAUGGCCGGAUCGUGCAGCUGGCAUUCAUGGGCGGGGUGGUGAUCAAGGAGGUCAACCUGGGCCAGUUCCUGUUCAAGAGGCUGAGGUGGGAGGCGAGCGCGCUGCGGAGCCGGGACGAGGAGUACCAGGGGCGGCUGGCGGAUCGGGUGGCGGCGUACAUACCGGACAUUGAGUCUGGGCGGCUGAAGCUGUUUGUGGACAAGGUGUUUGGGAUGGAGGACAUCCAGGAGGCGCAUGCGCUGAUGGAGAAGAACGUCACGAGGGGAAAGAUCAUCUGCACUGUUCCCUAAAAGUCUGGGAUGAAUCAAGACAUGUGUGUGUG